CGCGCGCCAGCAGUGUCUCGCCCGACGUGGGUGGAGGCUGAUAUGUCUGGUGGUGUCCCCUCGCACACACACGCUGCCAUUACUGCGCCGAUACCACAGUUCUGGAGGAGUAUGCUCGCUACCCCAUCCCCAGGGGUGAUUAUGUAUUCCGGCACCCGUCGACUUACCGUCAGACGAGACGAUCUGAGAGGCAUCACUUUCCGGAGAACGCGUUUGUUGUGAUCCCAAGUGCGUCCGACGCGGCUCUGGUACUAUAGCUUUUCUUAGGUGUACUACGCAUCUGCUGCCUCGCCUGGAGCACCUGCAGCGUAUAGUGUCCGUCUUCUGCGUUUCCUGGAGUACCUGUAGGGGAGAUCUUGGGUAAUACUCGAGAUUGGUGUACCCGAAGUGUUGUGCAGUAUCCGCCUAUCAAGGUAGCAGAAGAACUAUGUCGGGAGGCAGUUCGGUAACGUACCUUCCCCCGGAGCUCUACCCAUCACAGGUGUCCUUCGUCUCCAUCAAUAAGGACUUCUCCCUUCUCAAGCCGGGAAAGCAAGAGUUACUACGAGGUCCGCGUCGCGUGGUGCGGCUGUGCGUGUUCGCGCUGGUGCUGCCGGCGCUGCUCAUCACUAUACCCUUGUACGUGCGUCUGGUCCUCUACCCUCCGGGGCACUACCCCAUGGUGCCCACUGACCAGCGGCUCCUUAGUCGUCACGUCUCCAGUGUCUGGUGCCAGGCGCAGAAGGCCCACAUGAACGGUACCUUCAACGGGUACCUGUCGAGGAGCGCCCCCGGCGUCGACCCCCAGCGGCGCACACACGUCAUGCUCCACUCUCUCGCCCUCAGGGACGACGUUAAGGAGUACUGGGGCUUCUUCUUGCUGAAGGGCUCCACCGUCACCCUCUCCUCCUGCUCCAGAUGGGAUGGAGGGCAGCUGAUGGUGCUGCGCGGGGCAGAGAACCUCCACCGCUGCGCUUGGAUCGGGGAGGAGGACUCUGCCGAAGAGGAGGAGGAGGAGGACGAUGUGGCCAGCAAUGAACGGCACGAGCUCCAACGACACAACAUGCCGGGCUUCACAGCUCCGCAAGAACACUCGCUCACAGACAAUAGAAAAUCUGGGAUCGCAGACGACACUUCCCACUCGAGUGUUCCGCUCUUCUCGGAAGAGCGUCGUCAGAGCAUCAGUGAACUCUUGCGGAAGGCCAUCAAAAUCAGCAAAGACAAAACGGAGAUUCUGCGAAUUCUUCACACUGAGGGUAAGACUCGUAAUUUUGCGUUUGAGAACCAGAUUACAGACAAGGACUUAGCAUUACAAAAUAAUACAGAUAAUUCAACACACGUUGUGCCCGAAAUAGUAGCACUGGUCGACGGACAGACGGAGACUGAUGCUAACAACAGCAGAAAAAACAUCUCCGAAAUCAGGCAGAGUGUACCGUCAGAUGAUACACUCCCAGGUGGUACACUCCCAGGUGGUACACUCUCAGGUGGUACACUCCCAGGUGGUACACACCCAGGUGGUACACUCCCAGGUGGUACACUCCCAGGCCAGCUGAGGAAAGCCAGAAGAAAAUUAAAAGACAAAAGGAAGAAAGGUAAACGUAAACGUCUAAAUGAUAAACUAAACAAGAAGGGAAUGUCUCGAGAUGAAAAUAAUACUGAAGAACUAUUGGUUGAAGACGAAAAUACAAGACGAUCACGGUUCAAGAGAUUUGCCGACGAUGAAGAAGAUACUGGCAACGGUGCCUUUGAGGAACUAGACUCUAACGAUCUUUUGGACACAAACACAGAAGCAGAUCUCAAUAAAAGGAAAAUUGACAGAUUAAAAGAAGAGCAGGCGAUUGGUCACAUCUUCUUCCCUGAGGGGGUGAAGUUUGAGAGAGGCAGAUUUAACCAGUCAACAGUAAACGACAAUUCGAGGGAAGAGCACAGAUCUUCGUAUUCCAGCAGCGAGGAGGCUCUGGCGAGCUGUGAGGGCGUCAUCCUCACUCUGCCGCUCUUACCCUACAGGAGCUGCAGCUACCAGACUGUGGACAUCAACAAGAUUGUCUACGACAUCCCCGUCACGGGCACUUACUACUUCGUGUUUUCCAGCGACAAUGAGAUCUAUGUCAAUGAUCUAUUCUUCAACCUGACGAUGGAGCGGGUCGUGUACGACGUCAAGAACUCUGAAGAGCUGUGCUUGAACACAACAGAAUGUUCCAUGCCGCUGAGGUUCUGGUCAGACGAGCAGGCGGUAGUGGAGGUCCCGCAGGAGGCUGGCUGGGACAACUCCUACGUCCUGGAAACCAAGUGUGAGCCGCGAGUCUACAUAUAUCUCACCAUGAUCCUCCUCGUCCCGGUGCUAAUCAUGUGCUGUGCUUUCCACUGAUGGUAACUCUGUCUCCUCGGUCUGUUUAAGUUGCCUGUGAUACACAUCUGUCGCAUCCACACCUGCAAAUACUGAGCCCCACGAUGGAGGGUUACUGAUGGGAGUUACCCAUCAAUUUUUGUUCUAAGCCAUUGCUUUAUAAUCCAACCAUAAUGUGCUCUUGGAAAAGAUGACAUUCAAUCACACAACCGCAUUUCUUAUGCCGAAUAUAUAUAUAUAUAUAUAUAUAUAUAUAUAUAUAUAUAUAUAUAUAUAUAUAU